AGCGCCGUGAAGUUUGUUGUUAGCAGAGAUUUUAGCAGUGGGCUCCCAAACAGGGUCGGUGUGAGCUCAGGAGGAGGUUAUCGUUCACAGAGAGGAUGUUAAUGAGUUAACGGUGAGUCAGGAGGAUGAAGAAACGACACAGCUGAUGACGCCGGGGCGGUGAUUUCCUUUAUUUCGCGGGUCAAAUCAGUUAACUUGGUUGUUUUGGAGGAACUUUGACAUGUAGCUGCUCUCACUGCGGGAUGCGCACUUCAUAUUCAACUCUCCCUGCGCUUUGUGAAACUUUUUAAAGGUUAUUUAUUGUUUUUUUAACACGAGACUUUACGUAUUUUGUGACAACGAUGUUGGAGAAGUUGUCACGUUAUUUCACCGCGGAGGGUGAACUUUUCCACGGGAGGAGUCGGUGGACUUGUGCGGCGGUUGCGGUGCUUCUGCUCGGUUUGUUUGCUUCGUCCUGCUGGGCUGAAGAAGCAUCCUGUCACGGAGCUUACGACCUCUACUUUGUUUUAGACAAGUCUGGAAGUGUCUCCGCUGACUGGGUCGAGAUUUACUCGUUCGUGAAGAACCUCACCGACAGAUUUGUGAGCCCCAGAAUGAGAGUCUCGUUCAUCGUCUUUUCGGCCAAAGCACAAGUCCUGCUGCCGCUGACUGGAGACAGAUACGAGAUCGAAGAGGGUCUGAAGCGUCUGCGGGACGUUAAACCAGCCGGUGAAACAUACAUGCACGAGGGCAUAAAAGAGGCCUCAGUUCAGAUACAGAAACAAGGGACGAAGUCCUCCAGCAUCAUUCUGGCUUUGACAGACGGGAAACUUGAAGUUUACGUUCACGAGCUCACAGUGAAAGAGGCUGAUGAGGCGAGGAAAUACGGCGCCCGUGUUUACUGUGUGGGUAUCAAGGACUUCGACGAGCAGCAGCUUGCUGAUAUCGCGGACACCAAGGACCAAGUGUUUCCUGUCAAAGAUGGCUUCCACGCACUCAAAGGCAUCGUCAAUUCUAUAUUAAAGCGAUCGUGCACAGAGAUCCUGAGUGUGGAGCCCUCCAGUGUCUGUGUGAACCAGUCCUUCGACAUCGUCCUCAGAGGGAACGGCUUCACUCUGGGCCGCAGCAAUGAAGGCGUCGUCUGCAGCUUCAUCGUCGACCAGCAAACCUUCAAUCAUAAACCGAGCACCGUGCGCAAUGACUAUCUGCUGUGUCCGGCACCAAAACUCUAUGAAGUAGGACAGACUAUGGAUGUUCUGAUCAGCCUAAACAACGGCAAGUCCUUCAUCUCCAGCGCCUACACCAUCACCGCCUCCACCUGUUCGGAUGGUUUGGUGGUGGCGAUAGUCUUCCUGGUGCUGCUGAUCCUCGUGGCUCUGGCCCUCAUGUGGUGGUUUUGGCCUCUUUGCUGCACAGUGGUCAUCAAAGACCCGCCGCCGCCUCCUCCGCCUUCCCGUCCUCCACCACCUGAGCCGGAGCCGCUGCCCAAGAAGAAGUGGCCGACCGUGGACGCCUCCUACUACGGAGGAAGAGGCGCCGGAGGGAUCAAACGCAUGGAGGUGCGCUGGGGCGAGAAGGGCUCGACCGAGGAGGGCGCCAGGCUGGAGAAAGCCAAGAACGCCGUCGUGUCCAUACCGGAGGAUGUAGAUGAGCCAAUGAUCAAACGUCCAUCGCCGAAACCUGCCCCCACCUACCAUCAGAACCAGAACAAAUGGUACACUCCCAUCAAGGGUCGUCUGGACGCUCUGUGGGCUCUGCUUCGGCGGCAGUACGACCGAGUUUCCCUCAUGCGACCCACAGAUGCAGACAAGGGUCGGUGUAUUAAUUUCAGCCGUGUGCAGCGUCAGUAGAUGAGAAGGAGUGCUGCGUGAAAACCAUCAUGUGCUGAUCGCUGUGGACACCAGAAGAACUUCAGGUUUUUUUAAUGAAGAUCUUUAGUCCUGCGGCUCAAACCACUAUCUGUUCACUCGGCUCUAUUUUGUGCACAAAGUUUCCCUUCUGGUUUUCUGCUCUUUCGUUCUUUGAAGCACACAGGAUGAAAUGUUAAUAUUAACUCUUAUUCAUUAAGUUAUUUACUGCCUUUUUCUAUCACCAAAUAUGUUUUUUAAAAUAAAAAUUAAGGCGCCCCUGAACUCUCAGACUCAGUUAGCUUUUCGUGCGCACCAAAGGCUUAACAUAUUCUGACCAUAUUGUGCCUUCUGUGAAAAACCUAAUUUCAUGGACACAGACGGAAGCUAUCUAAAGAAAGGGGGAAAAAAACGCAGAAAGGGGCUGUUUGCCUUUGGCGUGGAAGUCGGAAUAAUCCCAGUGGGCCUCACAAGUGCAGAAGUCCGUCGCCUUUUGGCAAUGUCUCAUCACGAAUCCUCUCCAACUUCGGCAGUGCUGGAUGCCUGGCGGCUGCCCUUUGACUGGCUGAUCUUGUCAUUUUAACACUGAGAAGUGCACACGCAUGACAAAUUGUAGACAGGAUGCCCCAAGGUAUUGGAACGCACCAAGACUUUGCCCUGUAGUUUUUCGUUCUUUUUUUUUUUUUAAAGACACCUUCCUUUCAUUAUGCACUCGGGACAAGAAAAUUAAUAGAGCGUUAUUCGACCGCAGGACAGCCUCCUGACCACGAUGAUCUCCAGCCACGUUUGAGGGAUUGAUGCCUUUAAGACCUUGACAUGGCGCUUGGUGUUUUUUGCCCCUGUUUUCAGCGCAGUCUGCUCUCUGCUCAGCAAGGCGUAGCACAUCACAGCCCAUAAACAGGCCCAUCAGUUAGGACUUUUAAGAUAUAGAUACAGCCACGUCGACGCUCCUCUGCCCACCGUCUCAAUCCUCCGAGGGCUCCCCGGCCGCGUCACAACCCACUAGUUCUUCCCAGCACCAGAAUAUCAAAGUUUAAUUAAAAUAAUUAAAGGCAACAGCAAGCAGCAGCCUGUGAAGACUUGGCUGUCUCUUUUUUAUGCCUUUUGACAUUGAAUGACCUAUUACUGCGUCCCGCACAGGAGAAAAAGAGGACACGGCGCCACGGUGACGCCGCGCCACGUCCAAAACGCAAACCCAAAGUAACGGAUGCGAUGGACGGAUAAGUAUUGUUCAUUUCCAGAAAUUAUCUCCCCCCCUCCCCUCCACAUCCAACCCCCUCACCCCAAAAAGCAGGGUAUAUAUAUUUGUAUAUAUGGUGGAUUUCUCAAGCGCGCUGUCAUGACGCCAAUCCCAAAUGAUGUUAGUGUGAGCGGAAACACUGUGGGGGAGGAAAGGGGGCAGCAGCUGAAGAAAAAGGCUCGAAUGAUCCAGUCACUUCGGAUACCGUACUUCAGAUGCAAAAUGGAUAUUCGAGUCGAAACCUGACAAAGCGCGCCGGCUUUGACGGGAAGCGGUAUAGACAAUGACCAGUGGCUGGGUCAGUGGGAUGUCUCUGUGCAAGCAGGGAAGCUUAUCAAAUGACACUAAAAAUAAGUUCAACAACCAUCAAGUUUGAGGGGGAAUGGGUGAGCGUCUCACAUUCGGUGGGCGCACACGCAGGACGGGGCGGCGCGCAACACGCCGGCCCUAAUUAUUCCUUUGUUUCCUCUCCGAUCGCAGGGACAUAAAUAAUCCCAAAUCGAAUCCUCGGGGUGUGCUGGUAUUUAUGUCCGACUUAAACGCUUUUAGCCUCUUGCAUAAUUUUCGCAGGCUGACAUUUAAUAGGCUCAUCAGCCUCUUUCCGGACGGAAAUUUUAAGCACUUAGAUCUUGUCUUUUUUAUGUUACAACCAAGAGCACGGGAAUGUUAUUAACCCGAACUAAUGAGAUAUUUACAUAGCAGUCACAACAUGAGUCGGCCCGCUAAUAACACGUCACACGUCCCCUCUGUGUCCCUCUGUGUCCCUCUGUGUCCUCGCCACUCAUCAUUACACGCCACAGUAUUCAUUUUUCACACCUAUUGUUGUUGAUCUUAAAACAAGAUAAUUGUUGAAAUUCUUUGUGCCUUUUUUAAAAUGACGCCUUUGAUGGAAAAAAUAUAUAUUGUUAUAUUUCUGCAUUUGUUAAA